AUGGCCACCGAAGAUGUAGCAGGGCUUAAGAAAAAGCGCGCGAUUCUUAAAGGUUCGUGCACACGAAUACGAACGUACGUUGAAUCGGUGCGCGUCGUUACGCCCGCAGUAGCAGCACAGCUGCACGAGCGAAAACUUAAGUUAGACGAUAAGUGGGUCGAGUAUAAUAAGAUUCAGUCACAUUUAGAAUUACUUGACGAUAACGAGAGUGAUGAUCGUGCCGAUUUCGAAGACGCGUUCUAUGAAUUAUCAGCCAGGAUUAAGGAAUUACUAGAUUCAUCGUCAUUAGCUUCCCGCGAGGCGGCGCAAUCGACGGCGACGUCGCACAGUCGCGAAUCAUUCAGCGAUGUCUCGCGCGUUCGUUUGCCGAAGCUCAAUCUUCCAACAUUUUCGGGCAGCUACGAAGAGUGGUUCCCGUUUUACGAUAACUUUAGUUCGGUGAUACACAAUAACGCGACACUUAGCAACAUACAGAAAUUUCAAUAUUUACGAGCGUCGCUUACCGGAGAAGCGAGCAAUAUUAUCAACGCUUUAGAGAUGACGGACGGAAACUAUACAGUCGCGUGGACUCUGUUAAGCGAACGAUACGAUAACAAGCGAGUGAUCGUCGAAAAUCAUGUGCAAGCUCUUGUUGAAAUGCCUCGCAUGACAAAGGAAAGUGCUAAAGAAUUACGGAAGAUCGCGGACACCGCGUCUAGACACUUGCAUGCGCUUCAGGCGCUGAAAUGUCCGACCGCUCAUUGGGACGAUCUUCUUGUUUACAUUUUGAAAUCGAAGUUUGACAAGCUUACUCUACGAGAAUGGCAGGCGUCUCUAACGGGCACCGAGCGGCCCACGUUAGAUCAGUUUUUCAAAUUUAUUACACAUCAGUGUUUAACUCUCGAAGCAACUGACGGGCAUGGUGGCGGCGGCGCGAAGGGCACCGACGCACGGCAACAGGCCAAUAGUAAAAAACAAUCGGCAUUGGCGGCAACUGUCAAGUCCAAUUGCCUUUAUUGUAAAGGCGAACAUUCAAUUUACCAUUGCAAAGAAUUUCUGGCGCUGUCGGUUUCGCGUAGGCAAGCCGAGGUGCGUACUCGAAAAAUAUUUCAAUUGUUUACGGUCCGUUUCUCAUGUGGCGACCAAUUGCACAUCUGGAAAUUGCAAAGCAUGCUCUGGGAAGCAUAA